AUGUCACAAGGACGUAAAAAAAGAAGCUCGUAUGAUUCAACUCGUGCCAGAGAAGCGAUUCAGACAAUUGAAAACGCUUGGUGUCGACACCGUGAUAGACAAAUGUUUCGAUUAUUAAAACAUGCCGUAUGUGCCGCUGAACAUGCUCUUUCAAAUGAUAUUCUCCGACGUCUAUCACCCCGUGAAGCUGAACUAUUGCGCGAUCGUAGUUUGAAUGCGAAAGUUAAAUUUCGUUUUGGUGGUGCCGAAUUUCCCCCAGUGAUCUAUUUUAAAAUAUAUGUACGUAACUUUAAUGGCGCUCAUCCAAAAUAUGUCAAUGGUAAAAGUAUGAUAAAUUCCGAUAUGAACGCUCGUAUAGCUGCAUGUAAACAAAUGGGUCAACGAGUUUUUUAUCAACAAAUGCUAUCUGAUUCAUUACAUGGAGCAAGUGGACGAGCAUCUGAUGAACUUGAUGUUGUCACAUUAAAAGAUUAUAUGCAAUAUUCAAGUUUACUGGAUGAAUUACCAUCAUAUCUUGGAGGACGAGCAAAUAAUUGGCGACGAUUGAAUCUUGCUGAUAUUCCAAGACAUUCGAUCUUUUAUGAUAUAAUUAGUUAUAUAGAGUCUGGUCAUAUAACAUCUGAUCUACGUGAUAGAAUACCUAUGCUACUUACUCAACCAAAUGCUCAAUCAGUACAAUUACAACAUAUUGAAUUACUUAAACAGAUAAAAUCAGGAGUAACUUCACGAACAAGCGGUACAUCAGCUUCAUUUCCAAAAAAACCAUUAUCAACAGCAAGACGUUCUCGUCGUGCACUUGAAAAUGCAUCCAAAAUGCGUCAAACUUAUAUGAUGACACGGUCUGAAUCACUACCUACAACUCUCAUACUUCAAUAUGAACAACAAGUGGCACCGAAUGCAAGUGACGAGGAAGAACAACAACGUCUUCGACCAGAUAAUACUCCUAUAGCUAAAGAUGAAUUUAAUGAUGGAGAAGUCGAUGCUCUCUACGCUUGGACUGAACAACUUGAAUGGAAUGAAGAUUUAUUUAAAACAGAUCAAAUCUCAACAGCUUAA